AAAUUUGUGUGCUUGUAUGAAGAUAUACUAGAAGGGGGGCAUACAUUGGAUAGCCUUGUGCUUACAACAUGAUAUUGAAAAUGAAUAUGCUGAUGAAGCCCCUUCAGACAAUACAGUAGUUGUAACUGAUUAAAUCUACUGUACAGGAAAAAGCACUACUAUUCCAUUUAGUGCUUAGUAUAGAACUUAUACCGGGUAACCUUUUGUAUAAUUAUGCCUGUAUGUACCUUCUCUAUAGACUUAUUUUUUUCUUUAAUCUUGAUCAAGUUUAGGGCAUAACUAAAGAUCAGCAAGAAGACUUGCUUUAAUAUUGUCGGUGCAUGGGGAAGAAAGUGUCAAAUUAAAGUUGUGAGCCACAUGAAGGUGAUGGGCAGUGUUAAGCCUUCACAUUUGAAAACAUCUAGAUAAAACUAACAAAAUAUGGCAUUAAUUGGGAGGACUUUUGGAGAAUCAGAAAUAGAUGCAAUCUACAUCAGAUCUAUUUUUUGGUGAAUUUUUGUGUGUUCUGUUAAGGUGAGAGAGAGCCAAGGCUUUAUUUUUACAUUUUUCAUCAUUGUUGUCAAAUCAUUAAAAUUUUUGAGAAGGGCAGCUGGUCUUUUGACAAUUUGUUCUUUUUAUCUAUUAUUGCUAUGUUGGUGUUUUCAAUAAGCAAGUUUCAGCAGGCUUUGCUGGAAAUAUGGUUUAACAAAAUAUUGAUGAGCAGUAAGAAUGAGGCCAUAAAACAGCUUUCAUGUGUGCAUGUAUGGAAGAAGAAAAAAAGGUUUUUGGAUGAUGUUUAAAUUGGUCAUCCUGAAAAGAUACUUCUUCAGAUAUUGCCUGUGGCAAUUAGAACAUUACAUAUAGUGUAUGUAUACUGUAAGGUAUGAGAUGUGUAGUACUUUCUGCAUGAUACUUCCUGUUAACAAUAAUAGAGAAUUUCAUUCCUCAACUUUAAGUUCUUAGUUAUUAAAAAGCACAGCACCUUAUAUAAAAAAAACUUCCCUCGAUUGUACAGGGUAUACAUUUAUGAGACAGGUAAGUACAGUAAAGACAAUCCUUAAUUCAGAGCACACCACUUAAUGCAAGACCUGAAUUAGGCAGACCUGUAAAUCUUCUCCCUCAGUAAAGGUACAGCCUUUCCAGGUCAAUGUCUUAACAAAACAUGUAUAUAGGAAAGAGUUCGUGAGUUAAUUUCCAAGGAUUAUAUUUAUAACCACCAUUGAUAAGCUGGGAGAAAGUAAACUAAAAAAAUUCCUGUCUCAUUCCACAUGGACACAACAUAUAAUAAUGUGCGCUUAAAAAUUACGGUUAAUCUCGUGGUGAAAGUUUGAUUUAUCACAGGAAUUUUGGUUGACCAAUAUCUGUGACCACAUCCUAGUCUUUGUUUAAAUGAAUUUCAUAGAUAAAACUUUUCAGUGAUACGGCUGAUUUCCGAAAGUUGACUCCAUGUAAACGCAGACACAAGAAAUCUGGUUCUCCUGUUGAGGCAUCGUAUAGUAGUUGGCAACUGCAAGAUUAACAAGGUUGUUAUAGAUAAGAACAAAGCUGAACAUGGUGGCAAAAGACCAUAUGUCUUAUACAGUAUGCUGUACAGGUAAAAAAAAAAAAGUAAUUUAACAGACUCCAAGCAGUAAAGCAUUUGCAACUUACCAAAAUACAGAUCUUGUCUGUUCCUGAAUCUGAGGAAAUUUUCAAGUUUUCACAAAUAGAGGCCCCGUUAAUUUUAUUUUUAAAUUUGUAUCUAAAAUUCAAAGGGUUUGCUUUAAAACCCAAACUGGGAUUGCUUAUAUACAGGGUACCUUGGCUUAAUUACUGAUGGCUGAUUCCUGCAUUUCCUAGGUUAAUUAUUGUUGAUUCCUGGUUUAGAGUAAGAGGAAAAUUUAAUUCAGGACACCUUAAAAAUUCUUGGGAUAUAACGAAAUCCAAUAAUGAGUAAGUUCAUAAUAUAACUGUUGUCAUAUUCGGUUUAUCACCUACAGCUGUGAUCUUUAAUGUAGGUUUUGAAUUUGAAAUUCUGAACCCCAUUUUGUCAUGCAUUUCUGAAUUUAAAAUAUAUAUACAGUAUAUAUUAUGAUUUUGUUAUGCUGUGGACAAAGCUUUAGCCUUUGUCCUUCAGCUGUGACCUUUACCUUUGCAUAUAAAUACUGUACAAGGUUUAUGGAUUCCUACCCAGAUGGAUAAACUGAUUCACAUUUUAAUGUGUCCAUUUUCAUCAGAUGUACUGUAUAAAAAGUUUAAGGCUGACUGUAGUUUUGGGACAUUUUGGAUCUGUAUAAGCCCCACCAACAUUUUCUUGUAUGGACUUGUGGUUGGUUUCUGAUUGCAACCACAACUCAAGAGAUCUGCCAAUUUGCAGCACUUUCACUGCUUAUGUUUUACUGCCUUACAAUAUCACACUACUCAGGCAAGCUGCAUGCAUAUUUCCUUUCACAUGAAGAAAAGGUCUUCUUGCUGUCAUUAAAGGCAACAGCUCCUUAAACUUCUUACAACCACUUCUGACUCUAGCAACUAAGCUAGCAUCAGCACCACCUCCAGCACUGACCAUGUCACCCAGGUACCAAAAUGCAUCGAUGCAGUCCAGGGAUAUAUCCCCAAUGUUGAGUUUCUCCAGUCUUGCUAAGAUCACAUGCAUACCUACACAUACAGAGCACUUAAUGGCAGUAAUAUAUCGCAGUUUGCCACUAUACCCUUGCACCUCUUGUGUACCCAUCUUUCAUACUCGCUGCGCAUUAUUAAUUUGUUACCAACAGUUACUUUUAAUAAGAAACAAGACUUAAUAAUGUCUGAUGCAUGUAAACAAUAUCUUCUUUGAGAAUACUGUAUCCAUGGUUUUUAUUGUGCAUUUUCUUCUCAUUUAAAUGUUUUUUUUAAAACAUGUCUAGAGUAUGGUGAAUUUUAAUAAAGUGUUGUUAGAGAGCCAAGGAAGUGAAGGAGCUUCCCUGUCCCUGGUUUGGCAGUAUUUGGUGGCUUUGGGUUUAGUUUGUGAAACUGCCACUUGGUUAGCUGUCCAGUGCAGUGCCACUGUAGCCCAUGAUAAUUAACAACAUUGUUUACAAUUGCCACAGCUCACUUGUAGUGGUUGUUGUUUCUAUUUUGAUCUACUUAACUACAGGGUACUUGCUUCUGUGUCACAGUAGAGUAAAAUUGUCCCAGAAUACUAACACUAUGUUAUGCUGUAAUGUGGUCCAGUAAGGUGUAUGCUUACGUAAUUUGUAUUGGUACAAUAUACACUUACUAUCAUUAUUAUUAUAUAUUUUUUUUAAGCUUUGAUGGUUCAGAAUUUUCAAUAGUCUGACAACGGGUUUGUACCAAGUUCGCCAGACUAGUGAGGUUUGAUCAGUAGUAUGUUAAACAUGAGUCUGAGCAGCAAGGUAGGCACUGUAUGUGUUGUUUUUGUUGCCUCUCCAUUGUCUAUGAGAGACUUGUAUGAGUUUAUUUGCCCUUUGGCAGGAAAAAUUGCGUCAGGUAGGGACACCAGAAUUUCUUUGUGAGGAGGGAGUCAAAGCUAGAAAGAGUUCCAUGCAAAGGUGAGUAAUUUGUGAAAUUAAGUACCAUUAACAGAAGUUGAUGGGUCUAUAUUAUUAUAGUUGUAGCAGGGAAGGGGAGGACCUAACCCCUCACUAUAGGAACACCACUUUAUAUUUUCUUUGGUCCUUGCCAAACAAUUUUAUUCAGCACAGAGAGACUCCCAUUCACAGGGGGCUAAGAGAGGAGGUGAAAAAGCAAAAUAUAGAAACCCGAGUUAAUAGAAGCUGUUGAAGAAGACACAGGACACAGCAGUAGUACCAAAUAAUGGAUGGGUUGUGAACAACGUCUUGAAAAUUUUGGUUUGAUAGUUUAAAAAUAUUGAUGUCAAAUGGAAUUGCAAACAGGAAAUUUAAGGUGAGUGUUUAGACUAUGGGAGGACUAAAUUUAAUGGUAAGAGAUCUCUUAAUAAAAAUUUUAAAAUGUGAGAAAUAGUAUGAAGGCAAAAUUUGAUUGUUGGGUUUUUGAAAUCCAUGCAAAACAAAUACUGUAGUAAGUAAUAAGUUUUUCUUUUCUCUGAAUAUUUGUGUUGCUGUAUUUUGUCAUGUGUCCAAAAUCUCUGUUUCGUUAAUGUUUAUAUAAUGAAAUGAAAUAUGAAUAAGACUAGCUGCCUUAAUAAAUUGUAAAUUAAACUAGAAAUCUGAAGAUCACUAAUUUGGGGAAAGAAAACAACAUUACAACACUAUGGUAAUGUAUUUUUCUAUAAUAAUUUAUGAGAAAAAAACAUUUUUGGAUGCAGGGUUGUGUAAGGCCCACCCCCAUAAUGACAUUGACUGAUGGAAGGUUUUCAAUAACUGAACUUCUUUUUAUCACAGGUUAUGUCCAUAAGUGAACAAUAUAUGAAUGUUUGGCCAAGAGUAUAAACGAGAUUGUAAGUGAGGAGAGGAAGGAGACCUUCAGCAGAGUUGACUGGACGAAACUGGUCCUGUAUCAGAGAUUUAUUUGUGCUUUUCAAGAGAGCUGUUUCUUAAGAGGUGUGAACUUGCACAUGAGAGCAACCAGAAUGAUCAGUAACAACCCAGAAUAUUGGACUAUUGUAGAUGUUGGGAUCUGGCUUGAAGGUCAAGGCUUUGCACAAUACAAAGCAGCCUUUACUCAUCACAAGAUAACUGGGGAGGUGCUUCUGUUACUGAAUGAGAAGGAUCUCAAAGAAGAUUUAAGAAUCACAAUCCUUGGAGAUUUGAAGAGAUUGCAUUCAUCCAUAAGAAGAUUGCACCAAAUUCAUAGUCCACCAGAUCCACUAAAUUCUUCAAAAAGUGUGCCCACAGCUGCUAGUUCCCCAUUGUUCUCCAACCACAAUCAACACAACCUUCAGCCUCCAUCACCACAUGUACAAAAUGCCUCUUCUUCGCAAACUCGACCCAGAACCUACUCAUCAGAUUCUCAAGCCUCAGAUCUUCCAGAACUUCAGAAAUUUGCUGAUUUGCGGCGAUCCAGUGGUGUGGCAACCCAGCUACGACCUGAAUAUGUGAAAACUGUCAUCUCAUGCCUCUAUAUGUUUCUUGUUACGUGGAUCACAGCCAUUGUGAUGGUGUUUGUACAUGAUCGUGUUCCUGACAGGGAGAGACAUCCUCCUCUGCCAGAUAUCUUUCUGGACAAUGUGCCACACAUCCCUUGGGCAUUCCAACUGUGUGAGAUUACAAUUCUUUUACUGACUUCCACGUGGCUCAUGAUCCUCUUUGUUCACAAACACAGGUCUAUAGCAAUCAGACGAUUUUGUGCAUUGUCUGGGUCAGUGUUUCUGCUUCGAUGUGCCACCAUGUUCAUUACAAGCCUCUCAGUGCCUGGCUCCCACCUGGAAUGUGAACCCAGGGACCCAAGUGACCUACAAACUCAGUUGGAGCAGGCGUGGAUAAUCUGGCAGGGGGGAGGACUGAGCAUUAAGGGGGUUCGCACCUGCGGGGACUACAUGUUCAGUGGCCACACCACUGCCCUUACAUUGCUCAACUUCUUCAUUACAGAAUAUACUCCAAGGCGUAUGUAUUACCUGCACAUUGCAUCAUGGGUCCUUAACACUUUUGGCAUCUUCUUUAUCCUGGCGGCACACGAGCACUACUCGAUUGACGUAUUCAUCGCCUUUUACAUAACGUCGCGUAUGUUUCUGUACUAUCACUCUCUAGCAAAUAAUCGUGCUCUGCAUCAGCGUGAUUCUUUCAGAACUAAAAUUUGGUUUCCCAUGUUUAGCUAUUUUGAAGCUCACAUUGAUGGUAUUGUGCCAAAUGAAUAUUCAAAUCCUCUCUGCAAAGCAAACCUAAUCCAAUUUUUUAACUCUGUAGUUUUGACCCCAUACAGGAAAAUAUUUGGGCUUCGAAGAAAGGAGAAGCGCAAAUAGAAAAUUUCCUCCUUUUGUAUUGUGAAAAAGUAUACUGGUAUUAUUGCAUUAAAUAAUUAUUCCUUGGUUGUGACUAAGCUCAAAGAAUUUGUAAUAUAUGUAGGAGUUUCAUUCAGCUGAUGGAGUGCUAGAAUGUGGAUCAGCUGUUUUGUUGGUUAGGUAAGGUUAUAUUAUGGUUUGUUUUGAUGAAAUUUUUGGUUAGCUUCCUAAGAAUAUACAUUUAAUUGAAUAAAUCUACAUCACUGCUUCAUAUUGUCCCAUUGCAACUUUUCAUACUGUUUGCCUACAGUAUGUGAGAAAUCUCUUCUAUGCUUUACUCUUUUCUCAGGGUCAUCAGUACUUUUAAGUCCUCUCUUUAAUGACAAUAACCAAAGCAAUUACUUUUAAUUAAAUGGUGUAAUAAG